AUGCAGCGGCAGGGGGUGAGCCGACGGAGCUCUCCGCGUUCGCGGGCGCCUCUCCUGCUCGUCGUCGUGGUCGUCUUCUUCUUCUUCGUCGCCCGAUCGGCGACGCCGUGCCGGUACCGGGAAAUGCCAGGUGAACAGCCGCGGCGGAGGACGAAUGUUUGGAACUCCUGGCACGUCGUGGAGACAGCCCCGUCGCCGGAUUCCCCCGCCGAUGGCGACAUGUACGGCGUCGGAGCUUCCAAGAGGAUGGUGCCUCAGGGCCCCAACCCCCUUCACAACUGA